UCGUGUGAAUUUUGUCGUAUAAUUAGAAAUUGAUUGUAGUUGAAUUUUGCCACUUCACUGAUUUUACUCGACUAUAAAAUCUCCAGUUAUCGAAGUAGAACGCCCCUGUAUCGACGCUUUUAGGAGAACAUGCCUUAUAGAACUUCAGUUUUUUUUUAUAAAAUUACAAUUUAUUUCCAAGUUAAUGCCGUUGUCUGCCAUAUAAAAGACUUAGGAGAAACAAAAGUAGAUUUAUUAAAAGCAGAAAUAUUAAUAGCUGGUGGCAAACCUGCGGAUUUAGAAUCGUACCCUUGGAAUGUUCAGUUCUUGAACAGUGGAGGCAUGUGUGCGGCAAGCAUUUUAACUCAGAAAACCGUGUUAACAGCAGGACACUGUUUCGACUUUAACAAAAAUAUUGGAGAUAUGUCAAUACUGGCAGCAUCGCGUUACAUCUUUGAUCACCAUAGGCAACAACACAAUGUCUGGGAUUUUAGGAUCCACCCGGAUUAUAACACUUCAGCGAUAUUCUCCGAUGACAUAGCCAUCAUUUUCAUAGAAGACAUGUUCCUCUUCGAUCGGCACGUGAAGCCCGCGAAGCUCGUCAAUACUGAUCGGUGGAUGAGAGAAACUGGGACUACGUUCACAGCGACUGGAUGGGGACAGACCUCGGAAGAUGGUGAACUAUCACUGAGAGGUCUUAUGGAAGCAAAAUUGCGCUUUAUUCCACGCAAGGAAUGCUUGAAAGAAUACGAAGGAGUGAUAUUCAGUCAUGACAUGUUCUGCCUUUACGGGAAUGGGACUAGUGAUACAUGUAAAGGAGACUCAGGAGGAGGCAUCUUGUGGAAUAAUAUGAUUGUGGGCAUCGUGUCGCACGGCAAAGGCUGCUUGAAGUACCCCGGCGUUUAUUCCAACGUCUACUACUACACGGGCUGGAUAAAGAACAUUACCCAAGAACUGUUUCAAAAAUAUUGUCGAUUUCAGUCAUUUGGUUAGGUCCUACUUACAAAUAAUAAAAAAUAAGU